CAAGAAUUUCUAUUCUAUAUAGUAGUUAAAGAGUGUUGGUAUGAUUAGUGAGCCAAACUUUGGGAUAUACAGCCAACCCUUAGCUAAUGGAAUCAAGUCCAAGGUUAGAUGGUUAACCAAAACAGCUGGGAUUAGAGUUAAAAAUAUACCUUCACCAUCCCCAAGAGUCCUGUCCAUGGACAGCUUUUGAAAAAAAAAAGAGGAAAAAGCUUUCUUUUGACACCAUUUUUUUAUAGAUCCAAGAUAUAUUCACCCUCUUAGGAUGAAAGAACUCAUAUUUUAAUAGGCGUUGUAUGUAGAAGGGAGAGUUUAUAGCCAGGCAUGGCAUUCUACUUAAGUGCUUUGGCCUUAUUCCUCUGUUUGCUUGUCUCUGCAGUUGGGCAGGACUUAUUGAGCUGCGAAAAUACUUCUGCUGAUGCUUCUGGUUACCGUUGUAAUGUUAAUGGAUCAUUGCAGAACAGUUGCAAGACAUUUGUGAUUCUUACUACUAAUUCGUUUUUCUCAUCUCUCUCUAAUUUGAGUUUUUAUUUGGGUUUCAAUCGUUUUGAAGUCGCUCAAACAAAUGGUUUCUCUGCUGAUACAGAAUUUCUUCCGAAAGAUCAGCCUUUGUUGAUUCCAAUACAAUGUAAAUGCAAUGGUAGUUUCUUUCAAGCUGAAAUUACCAAAAUUACCAUCAAAGGGGAAAGUUUUUUUAGCAUUGCUGAGUCACUUGAAGGCUUGACUACUUGCAAAGCAAUUCAAGAAAAGAAUCUUGGUGUCUCGCUGUGGAAUCUUCAAGAUAAGGCUAGGUUAUUAGUACCAUUAAGAUGCGCUUGUCCAUCCUCAUCUGAAGUUACCAGACUUGCCCCAGGAAUCUUACUGUCUUAUCCAGUAAGUGAAGGUGAUACAAUCUUGAAUGUAGCCGUUAAGUUCAAUACUACUCCGGAAGCUAUUAUAUCUGCAAAUAACAGAUCGUUAGCGAACUUUAAACCUGAAAACCUUGUACCUCUUACAUCUCUUUUGAUACCACUAAAUACUCCGCCUGCUCUUGGUCCUCUUGCAAAACCCAGCGAACCUAAUUCGCGUCUUCCUGAAAGCAGCAUACCAGUAAUUAAUCAACAUAAGAAAAAAUCUAAGAUGUGGAUGAUAGGACUUUAUAUUGCUAUUACUGGUGUUGUAGUUGGAGCAAGCAUUGCAAUUGCAGCUGCUUUUUUGGUCAUCCAACUGAAAAAGAAGAAGCAGAAUUCAAGCAAACAAGGAGAUCCAGAGCUACAACAGCUUAGUCUAAGUGUGAGAACUACAAGCGAGAAGAAAGUUUCAUUUGAAGGAUCUGAUGGUCAGAUUGUCGAGACCACGCCCCGUAAGGUGUUUGUGGAGACUUAUACAGUUGAAGAGUUGAGAAAAGCAACUGAAGACUUCAGUUCGGGUAAUCUUAUAGAUGGUUCUGUAUAUCAUGGUCGUCUAAAUGGGAAGAACUUGGCGAUAAAGCGCACGAGAAAGGAAACUAUAUCAAAGGUUGAGUUCAGGCUUUUCCAUGAUGCAACACACCAUCAUCCAAACAUAAUCAGGCUUUUGGGAACAAGCUUAAAUGAUGGUCCAGAUUCAUUUUUAGUGUUUGAAUAUGCUAAAAAUGGAUCUUUGAAGGAUUGGCUUCAUGGCGGAUUGGCAAUGAAGAACCAAUUUAUUGCUUCCUGCUAUUGUUUCUUGACAUGGAGUCAAAGACUAAAGAUAUGCCUUGACGUUGCAGUGGCCUUACAGUAUAUGCAUCAUAUUAUGAAUCCAAGCUAUGUUCAUAGAAAUGUGAAGAGUCGAAAUAUUUUUCUAGAUGAAGAAUUCAAUGCAAAAAUUGGGAAUUUCGGUAUGGCAAGAUGUGUUGAAGAUAAUAUUGAAGACCCAGAAUUUCAUUUAUCUAAUCCUGCCUCAUGCAGUCUUGGAUGCUUGGCGCCUGAGUUUAUUCAUCAAGGCACAAUUUCUCCAUGCAUCGACAUUUUUGCUUUCGGAGUGGUUCUGCUAGAGGUUUUAUCGGGAAAAACACCAAUAACAGGACCGGACAACAAAGGGGAAGGAAGUGUUUGUCUAUCUGAUAAAAUUAAAUCCAUACUGUUAUCAGAAAAUGCAGAUGAGCUUAGAGAAUGGAUGGAUAAUGCCUUAGGUGAAAACUAUCCAUUUGAUGCUGCUGUUACAUUAGCUAAUCUUGCAAGAUCUUGUGUCGAUGAAGAGCCUUCUUUGAGACCAAGCGCCGGAGAAAUCGUCGAGAAGUUAUCAAGGUUGGUAGAAGAAUUACCAGAAGGAGGGCAGAUGUUAAUCUCUGAAAGCUCUUCAAAACCUUUAGUUAAGGCAGCAGCAGCAACCGGUUUGUGAAUAAAUACUUUUAAUGGUGCUUUUGUCUGAGAUCAAUGUUUGUAUAUAUGUAAUCAAGAAAAAGAGUGAAUUAACAGAAGCAGCGAGCAAGAAAGUCUCUAUUUUGUAUUAUGUACCUCUGCUUAUGAAAUAAUAUAAUAAUUAUAUACAUCUGAAUAAUUAAUUUGGUUUAA